GGUGCGGGACGAUAUGGGCUUGCUUUUGACGUGAUCUAGAAAAUUAAUUAGCAUAUUCGUUUAAUUAUCAAAUGCAAAAAGCCAACAACAUUCAGGGCCCGGCGGUUCCGUACGUACAAUCUGCACCUGGGACUGGGCUUUCAUGCGUUUCACCUUUUAGGCGCUAGGCGCUAGGUAUGUUUUGUGUUUUCUUUGCCCUUUUAUCCCGUGACACAAGCCGGCGCGGCAUCGAGCGAAAAAAAAACAGAAGCAACAGCAGCAGCAAGAGUUAAAUCACUCAGCAAAAGCAGCACGGGACAAGGCCCGAGCGUACGAAAAACGGACCUCACGGGACGCCUGGAAUGGUCGGUGGCCCGUCAGGUGGUUGUUCUCAUUAAGUGGAAAUCAAGCCGCCACGGUCGGUGUGCCGUUGUUGGUUCACUGUUUUCACACGACAAAUACUUCAAUUAGCGCGUUGUGGUUCGCAACAAACAAGCAAACCAUCUCACACUCACCGGUUUGUUGGAAGUUUUUGACGAACGAUACGUUCGUCCACCAGCAGGCAACGAAACGUGGUGUAUGUCGUUUAACCUGUUUUCCCUAACAUUCUAUAGAAAGGACUACAAAAAACUGUUACGGUGAGUAAAGCCCACAAUUAAAGGAAGUACGAAAAUUCUCGAAAAAUCAAAAGGGUAAAUAAUGUGCAAGUGCAUCAAGCAUUUCUUCGACAGCUGAACUUCUCAGCCUAGUGCCGUAGGAAAACCAUUUGUGGUAGCACUCCUCAUCAUUAAGCUUCACUGAAAAGGACUGGGCUACUCCAUCCGCCGGGACUCGAUUUUCAUACAUACACUUGAAGCAAUGGGUACCACUGCGUACAGCAAUCGACCGGGGCAAAGUGUUCCAAGCGUGAUGCAGGAGCACUCCUUUAAGGCUAAGUGGAUUUGUUAAAGAAAAUGCGCCCAUUGCUUACGGUGGAAGAUAGUGUAAAGAUCCCAGGUGUCUAGACGCUAGUUUGCCGGCAUAUUCUAGCAUUGUGAGAGUUUUCUGCAAUGCAAUUUCGGAGAUUAUAAAGCGUGAAUAAAUGACUUUUUUGUGUGUGUUUGUAAUUUUGACAAUUAUUUUGAUGAAUUUGUAGCAUACAUUUUCUGCCCUAAAGUAAGCAAUUACAUUACGGAACGCUUUUGCUAAAGACAUAAGCAAGUCUCAUUAAGGUGGUAAUUUAAAAUAUUUCAUUUACCAACCAUAAAAGGGUCCAUUUGCCCCAUACAUUAUUAAAGACUCAAGAGAAGCAAAUGUUAAUAUGUAGUAAAUAAAUCAUUUUUGCAAAUAGUACUGUCUUAAAUAACCUUCAUCUUGAGCGGAUUGUCGGCUAAAAGGUCCCGUUGUUUAACUUCCUUUCCAAUCAGUCCAACAUAUUCAAAGGGUAGGUACAAAAACACACAAGUUUCUACACGCAUCAUACAAUUCUAUUGCAAAAGCCCUUUUUUAAUGCCUUCAUCGGAUCAGUCCCGGACGUUUGUUUGUACCUUGGCACCACUUUUCUCCAGGUUGAAGAAUCAUCAUUUUCUUUUGAUGCAAGAACGAGACCUUUUUUGUGGGGUGGGAGUAGGGAAAUGGGGUUCAUGUUUGCGUUGGUGUUUCUAACCCUUCCUUACGGUGUGGGAGACCUAACCUAUCGAGCAACAAACUUAUAUCGACCAAGGCCUAUGUGUAAACAUGUGCUGCUUAACCCAACCCGAUGACCCAACAGCAGAAUGUUUGAGCUACGCUGGGGAGAGAAGAUUGUUUCGACAUUCAGUAAAGAAGGAAGGAAAAAAAACACGUAGGUUUCUGUCGACUCGUUGGGAACUGUUUUUUUCUCUACAUUCACCUUGUUAUCGAACGCUUAACAAUACACUUUAGUAGCUUUACAGCGCGUUUUGGGUUAGUGGAAUAAAAACAAAAACAUCUACAGCAUUUUUCACUUGGCACACAAACUCUAAUUACUUCCCGUGCCCAUUGACGUUCGAGGGGUUCGCUCGUCAGAUUAAUUAGCCGGUUGAUGUUUUGCGACCGGAAAGCGCAAAACUUUGAGCAUAGUCCGUAGCGACUAGUUAGUUCAGUCGGGAGCUCAUUGGUGUGACAAGUGAACUUUUGCCGGACGGAUGGUUUGGAUACCGAAUACAAGUGGCUUGCAAGUGAAGUUUUUGUGAAGUGUCUGUGUAGAAUUGUGCUGUAAUUGCGUGAAAAUCGUUGCCUGUGCAGUGACUAUUGUGUCACCAAGUAAUCCCCGUAUUCGUGUACUUGUGUGUGUGUCCAGUAAACUGGGAAUGCAUGCUUUGGUGCAGGAAGUAAGCGGAUUAAACCCUUAACCUUCACCAGCGGGAAAAUCUCACCAACCCGGAUCUAUGCGUAACGUUCCCGAAACUUUUCGCCGCGGGUAAAAAGGGUUUUACAUGCGGUCUGAACGAUGCCUGGAGUGGUAUUUCUUGUUUGUGUUCCGACGGCAAAUUAUGAAAGAACGUUAAUUAACGGCAUAAAUUAUGCGCCAAAUAAUGAACAGCUGCCACCGCCACCGGUACCGUCCCAUCAGCCAACACGUAAUCUUAAUAUAAAUCUCCCGGAAAACGUGCCCCACGGGCCAAGAGGUCCGCGAACAAACACCAACCCGGCAGAUAAUGCAGCCGGAAAUGCAGUCCUUCGGCUUGAGGUUGAGCUGCGUGACAAACACGCCGUCCAGGGGCGUCGUACGGCAAACAAAGCGAAACCACCCAAACCACCGUACGGUGCGAACGCGAUAAAAGGACCACCGAACGUCGGUGGAUCGGCACCGCUGGAAAAGGUGUUGGACGAGUUGCUAAAGAAGCUGGAUGUUGAACGGGUUAUUUGGCACCUGGACAAGGAGGGCCAGUACUAUCAGGUUGUGUUCCCCCUGGCAGCCGGUGAUCCAUGCGAAACAACUCUUCACUGUCUGACGGAGUUAGGAAUUGGGAUGAAGCAUAACUCCAGCGUAAGCGUUCUGCCUUGCAGUGUCAGCUACGACGGUUUAAAUGAUACCAGCAACGAAGAUGAAUAUGGGGACGAAUGUGAGGAAAAUUCCAAAUGGAACAACUUUGUUGACUCGAUCCGCUCGAAGCUUACCGUCAAGCAAGUGGUCGAUGGUGUGCGGGCCGGUGGUUCACUAUCGUUUGACUACUUGCUGCUCAUCGUCACGGCAGACUCACUUGCGGCACUGGGACUGGUGGAAAAUAAUGCACCAAACAUUGUGGCCGCGAUGCUGGUUUCACCACUGAUGGGUCCGGUAAUGUCGAUUACCUUCGGAACGAUCAUAGCCGACCGCGAGCUGGUGAAGGUUGGCUUUACAGCGCUCGCACUCGGUAUCUUCAUUUCGAUACUGUUUGGAUUCAUUUUCGGGCUCAUACUUGGCACCACCGACAUGCCGUGGGGUUUCGGCGAUUUCCCAACGGAGGAAAUGAAGGGCCGCGGUAAUGCACGCUCCCUGUGGAUGGGCAUACUCUGGGCAUUAACAUCCGGUAGCGGUGUAGCGGUAGCACUGCUCCAAGGCUCGGCCGGACCAUUGAUAGGUGUUGCAAUUUCCGCUUCGCUACUACCACCGGUAGUGAACUGUGGAAUGUUUUGGGCACUGGCCUGCAUUUGGCUUAUAUACAAGGAGGAUGACAUCAAGAUGCCACACCUUAAGGGCGAACCGUACAGUGGUAACUCUAGCUACGAAUUCAUCUACACCAAUUACAUCCCCACGGAGUUCCUAAUUAACGGCAUCGUUUCCGGUCUGCUGACGGUGAUCAACGUUAUUUGCAUCUUCAUUACCGCCAUCAUCGUGCUGAAGAUAAAGGAAGUAGCCGCUCCGUAUACCUCCAGUCCGGAUUUGCGCCGAUUUUGGGAAACAGAUAUUCGAUCCGCACGCACUGCAAACCGUACUACAAUUCGACGCAAUCGCGGCGGUGAAGCGGACAUUAUGUCAACCUAUGCCGAGCUGGAAAAUGACCCGAAGGCACGGAAUCUGGAGAAUGCACUUGAACAGGCCCUGAAGGAAGCCGUCGACGAUGACACCUACCGAAAGGUCAAGCGAAUGAGCUAUUCCAGCAAUGCAGCCGGUGAGAUUGCCGAGCGCCUGUUUGGGCACGGUUCCGGUUCCGGGACGUCGGGAGUGUCCAACAAUGGAGGCCAAAUUGGAAAUCCUAUGGCAACUGCGGUAGGUACGAACGCGAAGACGACAGCCGAUUUGAAGCUGUUGGAGAAACUCGUCAGCUCACUGUUGGAAACGCACAACGGUUCCGCAAGUGAGGGCCGCACCGAAGGACUCCACCGAAGCGGAUCCGUACUCGGGCGCUUCCGUCCUAUGUCACGGUCGUUCCGCUCGACAGGUUCGCUGCGAAGACGCAACGAAGCCACGGGUGGUUCUUCCGGUGGCACGGGAAGCGCUGGGACGGGUGGUGGCGUACCCGGCGGUGAAGGAGCGAUGCCAACUAUUCAGGAAUCUGGCACCGACCGUAAUAGCGAAAGCCGGGGUCGACGAAAUUCCUGGAACGAUCGUGCCGGAGGUAAUGUGCGGCGGGUGCUAAACUCCAUCGCUAACGCACCGCACCGGUUCAGCCAGUCGCUGAGUGGCGGUGGACCACUUCAGGAUAACGACGAGGAGCGCAGUAAUUUGACGCAGAACAUUCUUUGACGGGGUUGCGACAAAGUUAAUAAGGAUAAUGGGCAUCACCCGGAAAAAAGAAUCUGGCCAUGGUGCGUGGGUCUCGUACAAAAGGCCUAUCCGAUGUUAGCUUGACAGAUUGUAGAGUAUAAAUUGAGAUAAAUUUCACCACUUUAAUAUGCUGUAGCAUUAAGAGAUAAUAGACGAUGUUCGUAGUAUAUCGAAUGAAUAAAAUAUAUGAAAAUGUUUUCACUGAAAGUCAGUAGGUUCACACAAUAAAUCCUAGUGCAAUACACAA